AUGGGAUUAGUUGCUGCUGCAAAGGCCGAAUUAGCCACCGAGACGGGUGGCCUCCUCUCUACCUCCCUACCUACACUGAAUAAGUUUCGUAUGUCUGGCACAGCAAAGACCCCGCGCCGGGCCGAGAUGUCCGGUUUGCCGGGUGCAUCCGGUGUCUACCGGCUCCCCCGAUACUUCUUCAAUGUGGUCAAGGAGGGUGACGCUCUCAUCUUCGCCGUGCCCGACGAGGCAGAACUGCAUGGCUGGGUGCAGGUUAUCCAUCGAGCCACGGGCCAGUCGCACAAGCCCGUCCCCCCAGUACGCGUCAGUUCUUCGCGAGGUCACUUUCGCAAGGAUGGUAUGUGUUUUUUCCUUGCCAGUAUUCUCCUUAUUGGACAAAAAUUAACUGAUAGGAGAACUCGAGCCAUCUACGCUGCUGCUUCUCCAGUACGCGUGUUUUUGUGUGGGCGUAUGUGA